CCCUGGAGAAGGAGGAUUAAGAUGGCGGAAGCAACCGAGUCUGCAGGAGAUGGGGGGGCAGCAUCACCCAGGCCCCUGUUUGCAGGCCUUUCAGAUAUAACCAUCUCACAAGACAUCCCAAUAGAAGGAGAAAUCACCAUUCCUAUGAGAUCUCGUAUUCGGGAAUUUGACAGCUCCACAUUAAAUGAAUCUGUUCAGAAUACUAUUAUGCGUGAUUUAAAAGCUGUUGGGAAAAAAUUCAUGCAUGUUUUAUAUCCACGAAAAAGUAAUACUCUUUUGAGAGAUUGGGAUUUAUGGGGCCCUUUGUUCCUUUGUGUGAUACUCGCAUUAAUGCUUCAAAGAGACGCUGUAGAUAGCGAAAAGUAUGGAGGGCCCCAGUUUGCUGAAGUGUUUGUUACUCUCUGGUUUGGAGCAGUUACUAUCACCCUCAACUCAAAACUUCUUGGAGGAAACAUAUCUGUUUUUCAGAGCCUUUGUGUCUUGGGUUACUGUAUACUUCCCUUGACGGUUGCAAUGCUGAUUUGUCGACUGGUACUUUUGGUUGAACUGGGACCAGUAAACUUCUUGGUGCGGCUUCUUGUGGUGAUUUUGAUGUUUGCCUGGUCGGUAGUAGCCUCUACAGCUUUUCUUGCUGACAGCCAGCCUCCGAACCGCAAAACCCUUGCUGUGUAUCCUGUUUGCUUGUUCUAUUUUGUCAUCAGCUGGAUGGUUCUCACCUUUACUCCUCAGUAAAUCAGGAAAUGGGAAUUAAAGACCAGUAAAUUGAAUGGUCAUUGGAAUGAUGCAGUUCACCAUGGACGUUUGCCUCUGGCCCUUUCUUGUCAAAUUUGGGAGAUAAUUUGGUAACUUGGGUAGGUGGUUCAAA